UUUGUCUCUCUCCGUUUUUCCUCAGGGGGUGGGUACGGCUACACGUAGGCUAGGCACUGUCUGAUGUUAUUAAUUGGAAAUGUGCAGGGCUUUUGAAUUUCAAAUCCUUGAUAUCAGCGCCCAGUUUCAAUUUUGUUUUCGUUUUCUCCUUUAGGAAUGUUUUGCAUACCGCUGGUAAUAACAGCGUUUAUUCUACACCGAUGGCCACUUGGAGACACAUUGUGCCAGUUAUACGCAGUCCUCAUCAGCCUGUCAGUCAACUGCUCCAUAAUGACUCUUACGAUCAUCAGUGUGGACCGAUAUAAUGCUCUCUCUAAGCCAGUUGAAAACAGAGCUCACAUCACAUUCACUAAAAAACGCUACAAGCUACUCAUUAUCGCAAGCUGGGUGCAUUCAGUAUUCUGGGCCAGCGGUCCACUGUUCAAAUGGGGUAGCACCAUGUUGGACGAGUUCACGCACACUUGCAAACCCGACUGGGGAGGUGAAGGGCUGGCAAAUAAAACAUACGCGCUUUGCUUGGCUAUUUUUGCCUUCGCCGUACCUGUUGGGGCCAUGAUUUGCGCCUACUACAAGAUUUACCGUAUAGCGAGAGCUUCGAGAAGGGAAGCUGUAUAUCGCAGUCGUCCCACGGGCAAACCCGCGGGAGAGGAUGUUCCACUGACAAAAGUCGCUGCCGCAAAACACACAAGUAGCACUGCGACCGCUGAAGACAACAAAGCGUUGAGAACAGUCCUGUUGCUGAUUGGCUCAUUCUGCGCAUGCUGGUCAUUGUACACGCUGGCGACGGUCUGGAAGCUUUUCGCGCCAAAUUCGGUUCCACCUUCGCUUGUCCGUGCAGGACUGGUUUUGACUCUCUGUAACUGCUGUAUCGACCCCUUCAUAUAUUCAAUACGAGACGAGAAAAUGAAGCAAGAAAUCAAGGAGAUGGUCGGCAAGAUCUUCCGUAAAAACAUUUGAGAGAUGUCACCGCGAAAGAAAGUUAAUAAACGGGACUUGGAGGUAGUUCAACGGAAGCAGACUUUCUUGCCUGGAGUACAGCUGAAGAACAUGACCUUUGUUCAAAUAUUUUUCCUCGGCCAAGAGUUAUAUAUAAGGAAUUAAAUUAAUGUUUCAUUCAUGAAGGCUUCUGGCGUCAGUAACUUUGACAAUUUAUUUUUUGGCUCGCGUUCUGUUCAUAAUUUGUGUGAAAAAUUAACGGAAAUUGCAGAAAAUGUAACUACAGUGCGUUAAAUACUUGGUAUAAAGAACAAAAAUAAUGUCUCUGCAGUACUUGCACUGUAUUUUACACAAAAUAGAUCAGAACUCGAACUAUCUACAUAGACGAAGAAAUGAAUUUUAAAACUCGAAGAUGAAAUAGUUCGCACCGGAGUCGUUCUUGACGGCUCUUGUACGUCCGUAUAUGGAAUUGUUCCAUUCCUAAAAAUAUAAAUGUAAAAUUGACAGCGUGCUGAUUAACUGAGAACACGCCAGUUAAUUCCCAAACAGUGCAGAAAGUUGAAAUUGAGUCCAGAAAGUUGAAAUUAAAUUGCAUGUUUAUUAUUAGCAAGUAAUCAUAUCAUAAUUUUUCGUGCAAAUUGGAAGAAAUAUGCACUCGUGAAAUUUUCAAAAAGAUUGCAAAUUGCACUCGCCCUACAAGCGUGAGCAGUUUCUUUUAGUCUGAAAAAUUUACUUGCGCGGCCUAGGGUGAGCGCAAUUCUCAAAAGAAGAAACGUUUUUACUUUUGUCGCUUAUUUCUGGCGGAAGUGGAAAGAAAAUUUAAGAGCUGGUUUUUGAGCUUUUUAAGUU